AUGUCUGGCAACAAACGACUUCGCGAUGCGCAAAAGCAGAGAGCAAAGAACGAGAAGGAGAAGAAAGACAAGAAGGACAAAAAGGAGAAGCAGGAGAAGAAGGAAGAGCAGCCCAAGAAGAGGAAGGCGGAGGAUGAUGGAGAUGAUGACACGACUGCACCGCCCGCCAAAAUGACUACUACGCAGAAGCGCAACAUUCGCGCGCGUAGGAUAAAGAAGAAUGCUGCCGAGCAGAAAACGUCGGUCGAGCAAAAUGCAACUGAGCGCAUGGACGUUUCGGGCGAAGACAAGGUUGAGAUGGUGUUGCCGUCGCGUCCCGCGGCUUCACAGCCAUAUAGACCUCCUGGUAAACUCGAUGCAGCGUGGGAUGAUGAGAGGAAAGGCAUCUUCAAAAAGUCGGAAUGA